UGUUAAAAAUGGCUGCGGCCGCAAAAGUGGGAAAAAAGUAGACUUUUUAUAUCCCAAAAAUGAAAAAGGCUCACGUCUGUCUGCAUCAAAAUUGUGGAAAAGCAUUUUCCAGGAUAUAUAGAUUAGAGAUACAUGAAAGAACCCACACUGGAGAGCGGCCAUUUAGGUGUGACUUGGAGAGAUGUGAGAAGGCUUAUGCAAGACAUUCUCAUUUGGUACGCCAUGUAGAACGUGCUCAUCAAACAAUCACGAAAGAAGUGUUUGUAUGUCCCCAUGCUGAGUGCAAAGAUAUAUUCGUGUCUGAGACGAACCUGAGAAGACAUCUCCUAAGAAGACAUGAAAAGCAACACUAUAAGUGUCCUCAUGAUGGUUGCGACAAGAUCUUCAAGAAACAUCAGCAUCUAAAAUCUCACGAAUAUGUCCACACCAAUAUCAGACCUUUCGCAUGCCACCAUGAAGGUUGUGAGGCUGCCUUUCUGGCCAAUAAUAAACUCAAGCACCACUUGAAAGUCCACGAAGGCUAUACUUGUAAAAAGGAUGGCUGUUCUAAACACUUUGAAAAAUGGACACAGCUGCGAAAACACGUGGCUGCUGAUCACAAGUCAGAACAUGUCUGCCCUACCUGCCACAAGUCAUUCCCACAUCGCCGUAUUCUAGUCCGCCACAUGGUUAUACACGAGGAGACACGCACCGUCUUUGUUUGCCCUAAAGAAGAUUGUACGAGAGUCUAUUAUGAGAAGCGAAACUUGACAGCUCACUUGAAGUCUUACCAUGAUGGCAAAAGGUUCUCUUGCUCUUACGAGGGUUGUGGUAGAAGUUAUGUGUCAAAGCAGAACAUGUUGGAUCAUGCCAAUGUACACAACCCAUUGUCAGCUCUUGCCAAGAAGAGGCCAAGAAAAAGAAAGGGCUUGCUUAAGAUCAGUGCUGCUUCAGUACUGUCCGGUUAUGACGCCAGGAAACAUUCAAUGAUUGAGCCAGAUAAGGAAGAUGUGAUAGUCAUUCCUCAGGAGGCUGACGACCAUCACAUGGACAGUGAUAAGCAAGAUGUGACAGUCAUACCUCAGGAGGCCGACGACCAUCACAUGGACAGUGAUAAGCAAGAUGUGACAGUCAUACCUCAGGAGGCUGACGACCAUCACAUGGACGGUGAUAAGCAAGAUGUGACAGUCAUACCUCAGGAGGGUGAUGACCAUCACAUGGACGGUGAAACCUUAAAAACUAACAUCGUUAAUAUUAACACUAUUUCAGGGUUUGGUGGUGAAUCAAUGGAGGUUACCGCCAGUGCAAAGGGUUCUGAUUUGAAAGUAGACUUAAACACGGAGGAUAUCUCUGGUUUCAGUGACAGUGGACACUUCAGCCCUUCUGAUGGUAGUCCUGUUGAUUCUUGUAAAACGGAAAGUUUGCGAGCCAAUUUGGAUGAUGGCGUCAGGAAGUCAAUGUGGGCUAAUCUGGUAGGUUAUGUGGAAACAUGACAUUGGUUAGGUUAAUGAAGAACUGAGAAUCGUGGGUUAGUUGUGAUUUACAGAAUUCAGUGCUAUGUUCAGUUUGAACUAUCCAUCCAGGUUUCGUUUCGUUCAUGCAUGUAAUUUCAUGUUCAGACUCAUCAAAGUGAUUUUGUAAUAAUUUUCUUCUUGACUGAACUAAUGUAACAGUGAGCGCGUCACUUCAUAUCACAUGUUUAGUUUAUGUUUGAAUUUGAA